GUAUUGUUACACCUGUGAGACACACACCCCUCCACGCUGCUCCCACUGCUACGACUGCAAGGUCUGCGUCCUGCGGCGGGAUCACCACUGCGUCUUCUUCUGUCGGUGCGUCGGCUUCCGCAACUACCGCUACUUCCUCAGCUGCUUGCUGUUCGUGUGGUCGGGGCUCCUCUACGCCAUGGUGAUGAAUGCGGAGGUCUUCAUAGACGUCCUAAAGGAGGGCGUGACUCUGCACAGCAUCCUGCUGCUGCUCGUACCCUGGAUCAUGCUGGUUUCUAGCCAGGUCUCGGCGCGGGCCUUCGCCUUUGCCUACAUCGCUGACACGUGUGUGGUUAGUUUCCUGCGCGUCUCCGCCUUCUUCUUCUUCCACCUAUUCCUGCUGUUUCGAGGUCAGACCACCAGGGAGUGGAACUCGUCUCGCCGCCCGUACAACCUGGGUCUCCUCGGCAACCUGAGGCACAUGUUGGGCCUUCGCUGGUACAUCUGCUGGCUCUCCCCGCUCAUCGCAUCACCGCUCCCUGGAGACGGGAUUACCUUCAAGGUCACAGGAUCCCUGGAACCCUCCCAGUGGCAUGCAGAGGUCUGA